AGGAGGUACCACUUUGUGGUGGCCAAUGCAAAAUUCAUGCUGGAUGAGGAGGAACACUUCAAGGAGCUACUGUAUGAGCGGCGCCGAAACUUUGAGGAGCGGAACAGAGAGCAGGACUUCUGGCUUGUUGUUGAGCCCAAGUUCUUGGACAGGUUCCCCGGCAUCGUCAAGCGAUUAAAUAGACCUGCUGUGGCUCUUGUCUCCACAGAUGGACCUUGGAUGACGUUCAUGAAGCUGAGACUGGACAGGGUUUUAGCAGAAAGCUUUGAAGCCGACGCUCUAGAGGAAGCUUUGGCUUACAACCCCAUUGAUCUUGAAUUCGAAAGGCCUGAAAAGUGGACUGCGCCAUAUCCAAAAUAUGAGUUUGGAUGGUGGGAACCCUUCUUGCCACCAAGCUCCUGCAAAAGCAUGUCAUAGAUCUAACAUUUUGUUCCCAAAACAAAAUUGCUGGUUUCAUGCAUGUAGCAGUGAAUUUAAUCUGAAAUUUCUGAGUUUGGAGUC